AUGGUACAACUAGCAAAAGAACCCCAAGUAUGGCUCAUCACGGGCGCUCUCUCUGGCUUUGGGCGUAUAAUGACCGAGCACGUACUCGCUCAAGGUGACAGCUGCGUGGCGACAUCUCUCGACCCUUCAGCCCUGGAAGACCUAUGCACUCAAUACGGUCCCAAGCUACUCAACCUCCACUUGGAUGUGACCCGCCCCUCCGAGGUGCUUGCAGCGUUCCAAGCAGCCAAAGCCCAUUUCGGCCAUGUAGACAUAGUGUUCAACAACGCCGGGAUCGGGCUGUCGGGGAUCGUCGAGUCUGUACCGGAGGAAGCGGCGAGGAAGCUGUUUGACGUCAACUUCUGGGGUAGUACGGGCGUGACGAGGGAUUCGGUGAGGUUCUUUAGAGAGGAGAAUGGGGGAAGGGGAGGGAAACUGCUGGUUAUGAGCUCUAGUUCGGGGAUCAGCGGAGCGCCGUUUGCGGGGUAUUAUUCGGCGGCGAAACAUGCCGUGGAGGGGAUCACGACCACCGUGAUGCGGGAAAUCAAACCUGAAUGGAACAUCCACAUCACGCUCGUCGAGCCCGGCUGGUUCCUCACUCCCAUCUUCCGCUUGCCACCCGAACGUUCCUUUGCCUGCCCCGAAGUGUAUGGCGGGGAAACUUUCAAAGCCGCCCGGAUGGCUUCCAUCAAACGGCCCGGCGAUCCCGUCAAAGCCGUGGCACUGAUGUACGAUGUCAUGCAGAGAGAAAAGUUGCCGGCUCAUCUGCCUAUCGGGGACAUCGCAAUACAGAGUGUGAGGGCGGUGGGGAGGAUGUGGACGAAGGUGGCUGAGGAAUGGGAGGAGGAAUGCUGUAAGCCUGAAUAUGGUGUGGCCGUCCCGCUAAAUCAGGUUGGAUGAACAAUCAGUGAAAUAUAU